AUGGGGGAAAAAGGCAACAAGGUUGCACGACGUAAGGACAUCUCUGAUAUGUGCUGGGGCAGAGGUCCAUGCCCGAAUUCAAAGUGCAAUAACAAAGUUUUGCACACCACUGGAAAUAGGGUGACAUUCAGGACAUCUCAGCGAUACAGUCUCCAGGGCUAUAUUUCCUAUGGAGACGUGUCUCUCACGAUUGCAAAAGUGCAGUCAGAAGACGCAGGUACAUACUGCUGCCGUGUGGAGAUCCCGGGUUGGUUCAAUGACAUCAAACGGAACAUACAGCUGGAGGUGAUCAGAGCAACCUCUGAUGAUCAAACAACAGCAGAGACACCUGUCCUCCUGACAACCACCGUCCCCAAAGCAACACCUGCAACCACUGAGUCUCCAGCAGUAACUACACCGGAGACCAUUGCUCUCCCAGCAUUUGCUGUGACAGCACCUAUGGUGACAACCAGUGCUCUCCCAGAUUUUCCAAGUAGUUUCCAAGCUGUUGUGACGGUUGAAUAUGACUACGUGUUCUACUCAGAAGAGUCUCUCACUCUUACUGAAAGCACGACAGUGACUACCAAAUUACCAAGCACACUUGUGACUUCAGAGGGAACUACAAGCACUGACACUUCUCUCAUGGUGGAAGAGGUGCCAGCUGUAGGGAUUUCGUCAAGUUCAGAUGGCACGGCUGAAAAACAUGAUGAUAAAGGAGAUAAGUUUCCCAUCUAUGUCCUUCUCAUUGCCUGUCUCGUUGCGGUGCCCAUUCUUUUCAUAUUGGUGCUCUCGUUGUUGUUUCGGAAACGACUGUGUCACCAUGAAGAGACCACGGACCAUGAGCUGGUGGGGAUACAGCAGGAGGAAGACUGUGCAAAGAACAUGUUCACUCACUUGUUGCAG